UGGUGGAUCGAACCACGAACACAGAACCAUGUUUAAAAACACGUUCCAGAGCGGGUUCCUCUCCAUCUUGUACAGCAUCGGCAGCAAACCUCUGCAGUUCUGGGACAAAAAGGUGAGCAAUGGGCACAUCAAACGAAUCACUGACAAUGAUAUUGACUCCCUGGUGUUGGAAGUUAAAGGGACAAACGUCAGCACCACCUACAUCACAUGUCCCGCAGACCCAAAGAAGACACUUGGCAUCAAGCUUCCUUUUCUGGUAAUUUUCAUGAAGAACCUCAAAAAGUAUUUCACUUUUGAGGUCCAGGUGUUGGAUGACAAAAAUGUCCGACGACGUUAUCGGGCGAGUAACUACCAGAGCACAACACGAGUGAAGCGGUUCAUCUGCACCAUGCCCUUGACGCUGGCUGACGGGUGGAAUCAGAUUCAGUUCAACCUGUCGGACUUCACCAGGAGGGCGUAUGGAACGAAUUAUAUCGAGACGCUGCGUGUACAGAUCCACGCAAACUGUCGCAUUAGGAGGGUGUUUUUCUCUGACAGACUGUACUCUAAGGACGAGCUCUCGGCAGAGUUUAAAUUUUAUCCGCCUGUCCAGAAUCCGGAGGCCAAGCAAUAG